CUGGUAAACGCAAUCCUCCGCCCAAACCCUUUUUGGCCGUUCUCCGGAGAGACUCUCGAUUCGUGUCUGUCGACCCUCGGUGGCCUCGCGAUUCUUCGACCCCGUAGCUUCGACUCUCCUCGCGUAGAUUCUUGCCCUUCCUCAUGUGUGAUUGAGGCGAUCAGCGGAAUGUUGGGCGAAUUGUUGGCUUUUUGAGGCAAUAGGGGGACUGAGAUUGAGAUCUUGGUCCCCUGCGCAUGUGUAGAAGUUUGGGGAUUCUGUUGAUUCAAGGGCCAAGAUGAGCCUGGAUCACUUCCGUAGUUCGUUGCUCGGAUCGCCGCUCCGGACGUCUUUGGUCAAUAGAAAUGGCAGCUCAGUCGAUCGCUUGAUCAAUGCAGAACCGAACUUUAGGGCCUUGUUUAGUAAGGUCAGUGCAGGGAAUCGGCGAAAAGGGCGUAGGCGGGUUGAUUGUUUGCGAUUCGGAGGUGAAGACCCCAGUUUUUAUUUGAGGAAAUUUGGGUUUCUUAGUGAUGGGUUCAAAGUGAGUUGCGCGCGCGAGUCAUUUCCCAGGACCACUGCUUGGAUUACAUCUCUUAAUUCUCUUUGGAAAGAGGGGCUGUUCUUGAUCAGAUGCUCUGUGUUUGUCUCGGUGAUUUCGGUGGCAGGAAUGUUGGUAUGGUAUGCACAGCGUAAGGCCACAAGCUUUGUGGAGGCCCAGCUUCUUCCAUCUGCUUGCUCGAUACUUAGUGAGCAUCUGCAAAGAGAACUUGAUUUUGGUAAGGUUCGAAGUGUUUCGCCUCUGGGCAUCACUUUGUAUUCGUGUUCAAUUGGACCUCACCGUGAGGAGUUUUCUUGUGGUGAGGUACCAACGCUGAAACUCCGACUUCGCCCUUUUACAAGUCUUAGGAGAGGGAAGAUUGUUAUAGAUGCUGUUUUAUCCCGACCUUGCCUUUUAGUUGCACAGAAGGAGGAUUUUUCCUGGCUGGGGAUUCCAUCGCCAUCUGAGAAUGGUCUGAAUAAGCAUCACUCAUCUGAAGAAGGCAUAGACUAUCGAACAAAAACUAGAAGGCUUGCUAGAGAAGAAUCUGCAGCAUCCUGGGCCAGGCAAAGGGUUAAAGCUGCUAGGGAAGCUGCGGAGAUGGGUUAUGUUGUUCCUGAGGAACACUCGUCAUUGUUUAGGGAUGAAACCUUGAAUGAUAAUCUCCAUCUUUCUGUUCAGCCUGGUAGACCUAGCUCGUUCUUUUGUAUCGAUGACCAUAUGCAUUUGAAGGAUCAUCAUUGCAUGGAUAAUAGUGGUAUGCAUGGUCUGGAGCACACAGAAGUACAGAAACUCUUUGGUGCAAGAACUGGUGGCCUGGGAACAAACUUCUGGUCCAGAAUAAAGUCGCCCUUUUCUAGGCACAGGUUCAAAAGGAAUGCUAAAAGGAAAGUUGUUUCAGAACGUAAUUUUACUUCCAAACAAAGAAACCUCAAGCGCAGUGCAGUUGCUGCCACUGCAUAUUUCAGAGGUCUGGAUAGUGGAAAGUUCAGCGAGCCAUAUUCCGAGCAGGGUUCAAAUUCAUCUGAUGGAGGUCAUGAAGAUACUGGAUCUGAGAUAUUAACCACGAAGGACAAAGCAGGCAGUGAUGCUGAAAUUACACGAAGCAAUGGGAUUGAUAAAACAAGGUCGGAUAGUCUUAUUGAGUUGGUUGACUUAGAUAAUCAAGAAUUUAAAUCUCAGACAUCCAUUGAAGCUGCUGAUAAUAUCUCAAUUACUCAGGGAAGUACUGACAUGGAAACAGACAAUGGCAAACUCACAGAUGGAGAUAUGGAAAAACAGCAUCUGGCAGACAAUCAUCAUAGCUGCUUGCAAAUCGAUGGUCAUGCUAUUGCUCUGGACAAUGGAGAUUUGGAAAAACAUCAUUUUGAGAGUCACCAUGAUGAUGGAGUUGGUUUUGACAAAUCGAAGGAUACUGUGGGCCAAAGUUAUGAGAAGUCUGAAGACAGUGGAGAUCUUAAUUGCCAAGGCUUCAUUCAAAAAAUGUUUGGAAUGUGUACACAGAUGCACCAAUCAAAGGCGUUUUAUCCCUUCCACUUGUAUGAAAUUAUAGACAAGAUUGUUGUUAAUGAAGUUUUUUCUGAGUAUCUUGCUGGUUAUAUUCGAAAACUGAAAUCAUACUUCAGUAUAAGUGCGGAAGAUCUUUCUGCUGAAUUUGUGGAAGGUGUAACUGAGACUAGUUCCAAAGGCAUCAGGAAAGUUCUUCCAAUUACACUGGACUCUGUUCAUUUUUCUGGAGGAACACUAAUGCUGUUGGGAUAUGGUGACAAGGAGCCAAGGGAAAUGGUUGAAGUGAAUGGACACGUCAGACUUGAGAAUCAUUAUAGUCGAGUACAUGUGCAGCUGACUGGAAAUUGUAUGGAAUGGAGACAAGAUCAUACUUCUCAAGGUGGGGGGCGGCUAUCUGCAGACGUUUCUGUAAAUAUUCCUGAGCAAAAAUGGCAUGCAAAUUUGAAGAUUAUAAACCUCUUUGCUCCGCUGUUUGAGGGAAUUCUGGAAAUUCCAGUCACAUGGUUGAAAGGCAGAGCUACUGGUGAGAUUCAUAUUUGCAUGUCCAGAGGGGAUAAUUUUCCAAACAUCCAUGGCCAGCUUGAUGUGAAUGGGCUGUCUUUCCAUAUACUAGAAGCCCCUUCCAUGUUUUCAGAGCUGACAGCAAGUUUGUGUUUUCGUGGCCAAAGGAUAUUUUUGCACAAUGCAAGUGGCUGGUUUGGUGAUGCUCCUCUAGAAGCUUCUGGUGAUUUUGGUGUAAACCCUGAUGAUGGAGAGUUUCAUCUCAUGUGUCAGGUUCCAUGUGUUGAAGUGAACGCGCUUAUGAAAACUUUGAAAAUCAGACCGUUGUUAUUCCCGUUGGCUGGAUCUGUUACGGCUGUAUUCAACUGUCAAGGUCCAUUGGUUGCUCCUAUUUUUGUUGGAAGUGGAAUUAUAUCAAGGAAGACUUCUCAGACAGUGUCUAGUUUUCUUCCAUCUUCUGCAUCUGAAGCAGUAAUAGAAAAUAAAGAGGCUGGUGCAGUGGCAGCAUUUGAUCGCAUUCCGUUCUCACAUGUAUCGGCCAAUUUCACCUUCAACCUUGAUAAUGGUGUUGUUGAUUUGUAUGGCAUCAGGGCUUGCCUUUUAGAUGGUGGGGAAAUCAGAGGAGCUGGCAGUGCCUGGGUUUGUCCAGAGGGGGAAGUAGAUGACACAGCCAUGGAUAUAAAUUUGUCUGGAAACUUUGUACUUGAUAAAGUUCUGCAUCGAUAUGUACCCAAAGGUGUUCAGCUGAUGCCACUCAGAAUUGGGGAGCUUAAUGGAGAGACCAGAUUAUCUGGUUCUUUGUUGAGACCGAGAUUUGAUAUAAAGUGGGCUGCACCAAAAGCUGAAGAUUCAUUUGGUGAUGCACGCGGGGACAUCAUUAUAACUCAUGACAAUAUUACAGUCACUUCAUCAUCAAUUGCAUUUGAUUUGUAUACUAAAGUUCAAACAUCGUAUCUUGCCGACCACUCUCUACGCAAUGAAACAGCAAAUAAUAGGAGAGUGAUGCCUCUGAUUGUUGAGGGAGUCGACUUAAAUUUACGUUUGCGGGACUUUGAACUUGCCAAUUUUAUUUUUUCCAGUACUUUUGAUUCACCUAGAACUUUGCACUUGAAAGCAACAGGGAAAUUCAAAUUUCAAGGAAAGGUCGUCAAAACCUCCGAAGGCAUUGAUGAUGAUAUAAUUGACUGCAAAGGAAAUGGUUCAGAGCAGCAAAUUGUUGACGGUGACAUUCCAAGUCUUGUUGGUGAUGUUUCUUUUUCAGGAAUUAGUCUUAACCAACUUAUGUUAGCACCUCAAUUAACAGGUUCUCUUUGUAUUUCACACGGUGCAGUUAAGUUAAGUGCUGCUGGGAGGCCCGAUGAGAGUUUGUCGAUUGAAGUGAUUGGACCUUUUUGGUUUAGUACUGAUGAGGUCAUGCAGAAUAGAAAAUUAUUAUCUGUUUCUCUUCAUAAGGGGCAACUAAAAGCUAAUAUCUUUUAUCAACCUCAUACUUCAACUAAUCUAGAGGUGCGGAAUUUACCACUUGAUGAAUUGGAAUUGGCAUCUCUCCGAGGAACAGUUCAAAAGGCAGAACUCCAGCUUAAUUUUCAAAAAAGAAGGGGCCAUGGUGUUUUAUCAGUUCUUCGCCCAAAAUUUAGCGGUGUGCUUGGUCAAGCACUUGAUGUGGCUGCUCGAUGGAGUGGUGAUGUUAUUACUGUUGAAAAAACUGUUCUUGAGCAAGCUAGUAGCAGAUAUGAACUCCAGGGUGAGUAUGUGUUGCCUGGAGCACGUGAUAGGUAUCCUGGUAACAAAGAGCAGGAUGGCCUAUUUAAAAAGGCUAUGUCUGGGCAUCUUGGUACCGUAAUUUCUUCAAUGGGAAGAUGGCGAAUGAGAUUGGAAGUUCCUGGUGCCGAAGUUGCUGAGAUGCUUCCCUUAGCAAGGCUACUCUCUCGAAGUACUGAUCCUGCUGUGCAGUCAAGGUCUAAGGAACUUUUUAUGCAAAGUUUGCAGUCUGCUGGGUUUUGUGCUGAAAGCCUUCAUGACCAGCUGAAGGGGUUACAAAGCUUUUUCAAUUGGUCUGAUGAUGACAGUAUUUUUGAAGACAUUACUCUUCCUGGUUUAGCUGAACUUAGAGGUCAUUGGAAUGGUUCUCUUGAUGCUAGUGGAGGUGGCAAUGGAGAUACUAUGGCAGAUUUUGAUUUCCAUGGAGAGGAUUGGGAGUGGGGGAACUAUAAAACUCAGCGUAUCUUGGCAGCUGGUGCAUAUAGCAAUCAUGAUGGAUUGCGAUUGGAAAAAUUAUUUAUCCAGAAAGAUGAUGCAACCCUCCAUGCUGAUGGAACUCUACUUGGACCAGUAACAAAUCUUCAUUUUGCUGUGCUUAAUUUCCCUGUUGGCCUUGUCCCCACUGUAGUUCAGAUUAUUGAAUCUUCUACCUCAAGUUCAAUACAUUCUCUUCGUCAAUGGUUGACACCAAUAAAAGGUAUUUUGCACAUGGAAGGAGACCUUAAAGGAAGCCUUGCAAAGCCUGAGUGUGAUGUUCAAAUAAGGCUUUUAGAUGGCACUAUAGGGGGUAUUGAUCUUGGACGGGCUGAAAUUGUUGCUUCAAUCACCUCAACCAGUCGAUUUCUCUUCAAUGCUAAUUUUGAACCUGUCAAUCAGAGUGGUCAUGUACAUAUUCAAGGAAGUGUUCCUGUGACUUACGUCCAAAAUGAAUCAGAAGAAGAAAUUGAGAAAGACAUGGUUGCUGCAGGGGGAGUGAUUCGAAUUCCUGUUUGGAUUAAGGAAUCUGAAAGAGGGUCUUCUGAAGACAUUAAUGAAAAGAAAAUUAACAGAGAUAAGAUUGAAGAAGGAUGGGAUUUACAGUUAGCAGAAAGUCUAAAGGUUUUAAACUGGAACAUGUUGGACACUGGUGAAGUACGCAUAAAUGCAGACAUAAAAGAUGGUGGUAUGACGCUAAUAACAGCCUUGUGUCCUUAUGCCACUUGGCUCCAUGGCUAUGCAGAUAUUAUGCUUCAAGUUAGGGGAACUGUUGAGCAGCCAAUUGUUGAUGGCUCUGCAUCAUUUCAUCGGGCAUCUGUUUUUUCUCCAGUCCUCAGAAAGCCACUUACAAAUUUUGGAGGUACUGUUCAUGUCGUGUCAAAUAGAUUGAGCAUCACAUCAAUUGAAAGCAGAGUGAGCAGGAAGGGAAAGCUAUUGCUGAAAGGAAACUUGCCUCUUAGAUCUAGUGAAUCAUCUAUCAAUGAUAAAAUUGAUUUGAAAUGUGAAGUUCUAGAAGUGCGAGCCAAAAACAUUUUCAGUGGCCAAGUUGACAGUCAAAUGCAGAUCAUGGGCUCUAUAUUGCAGCCAAAUAUUUCUGGAAUGAUACAAUUGAGUCGUGGGGAAGCAUAUUUACCUCAUGAUAAAGGAAAUGGGGCUGGUUCUAAUAAAUUGAUAUCAGGUCGUUCUAGUUUUCCGGCUGUUGAUUACAAUCGAAUGACAACUUCAGCGCAAGUUUCACGGUUUUUUGGUUCCUUUCCUACGUUACGCAAUAAAUGGCCUCAGUCUGCAGUUAAGGAACCUGUGGUGGAGAAGAAAAUGGAGGAAGCAAUCAUUAAAUCUGGUGUCGAUGUUCGACUUACUGACUUGAAGCUAAUAUUGGGACCAGAAUUAAGGAUAGUGUAUCCUCUAAUUCUCAACUUCGCUGUAAGCGGUGAACUUGAGUUGAAUGGUAUGGCUCAUCCCAAAUGUAUCCGUCCCAAAGGGAUUUUAACAUUUGAAAAUGGAGAAGUCAACUUGGUUGCCACCCAGGCCAGGCUUAAACGUGACCAUCUAAAUAUUGCCAAAUUUGAACCUGAUCUUGGUUUAGAUCCAACACUAGAUUUAGCUUUAGUGGGAUCUGAUUGGCAAUUAAGGAUUCAGAGCCGGGCCAGUUCUUGGCAGGACAAUUUGAUCGUAACCACAACACGCUCUGUGGAUCAAGAUGCUCUGACGCCUACUGAGGCUGCUAAGGUUUUCGAGAGUCAAUUAGCAGAGUCUUUGCUGGAAGGUGAUGGCCAGCUAGCCUUCAAGAAACUUGCAACUGCAACACUUGAGACGUUGAUGCCCCGAAUAGAAGGCAAGGGUGAGUUUGGACAGGCACGAUGGCGGCUUGUUUAUGCUCCCCAAAUUCCAAGUCUGCUAUCUUUGGAUCCUACAGUUGAUCCACUCAAGUCUCUUGCCAAUAAUAUUUCUUUCGGUACUGAAGUGGAAGUUCAACUUGGGAAAAGACUUCAGGCCUCAGUUGUGAGACAGAUGAAGGACUCAGAAAUGGCAAUGCAGUGGACGUUAAUCUAUAAGCUGACAAGUCGUCUUCGAAUUCUCUUUCAAUCUACACCAUCCAACCGUCUCCUUUUUGAAUACUCUGCGACAUCUCAAGACUAGUUUGCAUGGGUUGCACAGCCGGCUAACCCUACGUGACCAAAUCCACAGCAUUUGAUGGUUGAGAAAAGGACUCUAAAGUUUCAUCAGAAUGUUCAUGCUGAAGCUUUUGCAGCAGUUAUAUUUAUUCCUUGUAUAUAUUUAGUGGAUGUGGUAUUCUUUUGCCUACAAAUUAGUAGGUCUGCUUAUAUGUUUGAGACUGCUUCUAAUUGUUGUACAGGCUGAUUAGAUAUCAAAGAAAGGAAGGAAAUAGAAAAAGUAAAAUAUUUUUCCAA